CUCACUUCCAACCCUAAAUCGCCAGAUCCAGGAAAAAAUCCCCUUUUCCGCCGGCGGCGCCGUCGCCGGAGGCUCGAGCUCCUCCUCCGUCAAAGCCAAGCAAGCUCCGCUCUCGCGCGUCCCCUCCCCCUUGCGCCUUCCUCCCUGCGUCUCCGCGUCGCUCACCCACCCAGCCCGCCACCCACUCUUCCCCGUCGUACGCGUCGAAUCUGUGUCGCCGCGAGGACGCCACAUCACGAAGCGCACCGGCCACCGCCACGGCGCUGCUCAUCUGCUCGUCGUUGUAGGCCUAGCUGAACCCGCAGCUGCACACGAAGCAUGGAAGCGCACCGUGAGGUUGGGGGCAGCAGCAAUGGCAAUGGCAGGGACGUCGCCGGUGGCUCUGGCAUGACCGCCGGGCAUGAAGCGUCACAGUCCGCACCUACACCUGGACCAGGGUAUAUUUUCACUGGAAAUAUUACUAAUCCCUGGAGUCAUGCUGCACAUUAUGGAAGGCAAGGAUUUUCAUGCCACUAUUGUGGUCUGAAGAGGCAGGGUGGAGGCUCAACCCGCCUAAAGGAACAUCUUGGUGGGCUGGGAGGAUCAGUGGUUGAAUGCUAUAAUGUGCCCUCCGAGGUACAAGCUGCAAUGAGGAAGAAUCGGCUGGUUUACAAACAGAAAAAGUCAAAGGUACAAGCCCGCAAACUCAGAUUGGAACUUGAGCUUCUAGAGGAAAUGGGUGGAAGUCCAGUAAUUGAUCUUGAUCCUGCUAGUGAUGAAGAGGACCGUGUAAGGUUGGAAAGGGAGAAAGCACUAAGGGGUAUUAAGCUUCGAAAUGCAGUUGAUAGUAUGGGUAGCAUGGGUAGUAGAUUUGAGGUCGGGUCUGGGAGUGGCAGCGCCAAUGUCGAGUCUAGUCCUACGACUCCUGCCAAUGGAAAGAUAACCCAAUAUCUUCAGCGUAAGAGCUCUCUUAGUCCUGCAGAUGGUGGUAACAAGACUCCUGCUAGUGGACGCCAGCCAAGGAUUGACUUCUCAAAUCAAAAGCUAAAUGCAGCAAAACUUGGUCAAGCUUGGGCCAAAUGGUUCCAUGCUAAUGAUAUUCCUGGACGGAAAAUCAAUUGUCCUCUAUUUCGAGCAGCGUUGAAGUUUCAAGUCUUGUGAGGAGGAAUAGGGUGAAGAAAGGUAAGUUGGUUGUUCUGGAUGAAGAGGGGGAAGCUUCGGAAAGUGAAGAUGAUCAGGAAGAAGACAAAGAAAGUGGUGAUGAAGAAGAUUUUGAUGAUGAAGAGGAGGAGGAAAUAGGUGGGGUGCCUUCACAUGAAAGAAGCACUCAAGCGGUUGAACCAGGACAAGAGGCUGAGCUGGUAAGGGUGGCCGAAGAAGCGAGUGAGACUCGGAAGUCAAAACGACCAUCUGGGAAGAAGA